AUGCCGGCAGACCGGCUCAUGGCCUCGCCACGUCGCACCUCAGCCAGCCUGAAUAUUCUCAUGCCAGGCGAAGAAUUGGCCAAGUCGGCGCAUCCCCAGAACCGACCCUGGCCGUAUCAGGACUCAUACAUUCGAUCGGACGAGCAUCAGAUCCAGCGCGAAGCUCAUGCUUAUGUGCGAGUGAACAUUCAAAUCUUUUGUCGUCGACCUUUCAGUCCUGUGCAUGCGGGUGACUCCCACGGUCGUCUGCUUGAUCGCCUUCGACCAGCGUGCCGCGCGGAGCAGUAG